AUGGGUUUCGGAUUACCCAUUUGUAGGUCAUCAAUUUCUAGAUUAUCUUCUCUCCACCGUCGUCAUCUCCGAUCAUCUCUCUUGUUGGAAAACCCUUGUUUCAAUUCCUCCUCCGUAAGGUGGCAUUUCGGUCACCCUCAUCACGAACAACACCAUCAAGUGAGGUCAGAAGGCGACAAGAUUUUCCGCCUGGGUCUCGCCGCAGAUAUUGGUUUAUCUGUCGGAAAAGGUUUCGCCGGUUAUCUCUGUGGCAGCACGGCGCUUAUAGCGGACGCUGCUCAUUCCGUUUCCGAUGUGGUUCUAAGUGCGGUUGCUCUACUCUCUUACAGAGCUGCAAAUGUUCCCAAGGACAAAGAACAUCCAUAUGGUCAUGGUAAAUUUGAAACUCUUGGAGCCCUUGGAAUCUCUGGCAUGCUUUUGGCAACUGGCUGUGGUAUUGGGUUCCAUGCUUUAGACCUUUUAUCUAGUGCACUCUCCGCAGCUCCUGAUGUUGUCCAGGAGAUUCACGGAAAUCAUAGUCACGGUGGACAUCAUCACGGAUUAGAUAUGAGUCAUCCCAUUCUCGCUUUGAGUGUAACCAUUGCUUCCAUUUCUAUCAAAGAAGGGCUUUACUGGAUCACAAAAAGAGCAGGAGAAAAACAAGGGAGUGGGUUGAUGAUGGCAAAUGCAUGGCAUCACCGAACAGAUGCAAUUUCUUCUGUAUUUGCACUAGUUGGAGUAGGAGGUUCCAUUAUCGGAGUUAAGUUUUUAGACCCUCUAGCUGGCCUACUUGUCUCGGUAAUGAUUUUCAAUGCUGGACUGGAAACGGGACACCAAAGUCUCUUAGAACUGGUGGAUGCUGCUAUACCAGCUCAGCAAUUAGAGCCAAUAAGACAAACCAUAUUACAGGUUGAAGGAGUCAAGGGAUGUCACCGGCUAAGGGGUAGGAGAGCUGGUUCAUCACUGUAUCUUGAUGUACACAUUGUGGUAGAUCCUUUUUCCACUGUGAGUGUUGCACAUGAGGUAGGAGAAUAUGUACGAGGACAAAUUAAUAAGAAGCAUCCUGAAGUGUCUGAAGUUUUCAUCCAUAUAGAUCCAGCUUUUGUACAGUUUUCUUGUAGCAUGAUGGAUGACAAUAGUACAAAGAAGGAAAGUAACAUCUGGGAAGAGAUUAAAUAUGUUGAAGCCACUGUCUCAGACAUUUUUUCAUCACAAUUCUCUGAGCAAAUGACGCUUACACGACUUACACCCCACUUGUUGCAUGGCAAGAUCUUGCUCCAAAUCGAAGUCUCCAUGCCAUCGCGCAUGAAAAUACAGGACGCCAUGAGAGCCGCUGAAGAUGCGGAGCAGCAUAUUCUGAAGGUAGUCCCAAAUGUGGCUCGUGUCAGCAUUCUACUUAGUCUUAAGAACUCCUUGUCAGUGAUUAGCACUGGUGUUUUAAGGCAAUAA